AUUUCACUUUCAGUUUUCCCGAAAGUUCCUUGAUUAGUGAACGCCAUAGCAGUAGAGCUUCAGAGAUUUGAUGACAUCGCACUUUACUUUCGGUACUUCUCUAAUAAUUUGACCACGACUCGAUUACAGACGGCAGGACGGCCGACGGAAAGUUGUUUUAAAAACGUAAGUACUACAAUUUGAAGCGAAAAUUUACUCUGAAUUAUGUUUCUGCUCAAGUGUUUACAUGUCCAUUCCAACGAGAUCAAGCGGUAUUAUGAAUUUAGCAGUUUCAGUACAGUCUGAUUGAGAUUACCUUAGGGGGUGCUUCAGUUAUUGACCGUUUUGAGCUAGUACUUCUUUUCUUUUGAACUAUGCCAACAAGUAAGAACACUUGUUCAAGAAAGUACCUUCUAUUCCUCAGACUCGAAGGAAGCCAAGUCAGCCAGCCGAAACAAGGCCAUAUUUAAUAGCUUCACUUUAAAUGUAAACACCUAAGUACGAUGAUUUGAGAUGAAAAUUUACUCGAUCAACUUAGAUGCCAUAAAUUUCGCAAUAGACCUUGUCACGGUUUUCGACGCGUGAUGUGUGAGAAAUUACAGUGUUUGUAUGAGAAUCUAAUGACAAAUAAUUUCCACAAAACGGCUGUUCUGAAAAAAUUAUCAAUUGUAAACUAAAGCUACAGAGCAAAGGAUUGUCCUAAACAAUUUUGGGGGCGUACCUGUGCUUAAAUUUCUCUAGAGGCUUUCUUUAGAUUUUCCAUAUAUUUCUCUGUAAUUUUACCGGGACUUUCUUGCAGACAAAUGUGUAGAAAAUUUAAAAAAGUGAUUCUAGGUCUUCUAGUGCAUAUAACGCCCUUAAUUUUUUUUCAGUAGAAUCCUUAGGAGCGAAGCUUUAGUUUACAAAUCAUAUUUUUUUCAGAAGAGCCGUUUUACGGAAAUUAUUCGACAUUAGAUUCUCAUACAAACACUGUAAUUUCUCACGCGUUUGCCUUCUCGUCAAGAUGGCGUCGAAAACCGUGACAAGGUCUAUUUCAGGCGCCGGACUUCCGCUUUUUGAUUGAGAAAACCGUGGAUCGUUGUUCAAUCUGUGAUUUACCGUUUUCCUUUAUAGGGCUGUGACACUAAAUUGCCUUUGUAUCAAUUGAAUUCCAAAAAUAAUAGCUCAAUUCUAUUUUUGAAAACUAUAUUUAGGCAUAAUUGAGACUGUUUCUUGUUAUCUGUUGAUGCAGAUAGUGUGGUAAAAAUUGGGCCAACUCAUAUGAGUAAAGGCACUAAAUGCUUAAGCACAUAAUUGACCUAAAAUAGCAAUAUCUUCGUGAAGUAGCCCCUUCUAAUAAUAAUAAUAACAAAUCCAUAUUUCAACACGGGAAAACUCAUCAGGAAUUACAUAGUCAAGGCUGUAAAAAAGUUUUUAAGUAACGGGCUGAUAAUGUAUACAACGGCUUUGGAACUCGCAACAAAGGCAAAAGCUCUUGAGGGCCAAGGCAUCUAGGGACAUUUUGAAAUUAAAAGUCUCGGAAAUGGCGUUUCCAGGGGUUUUCAAGAUGUAUUUUCUACCACGGACGCCAUGUCAAUCCACAGCAUUCCGGGAUUCCGGUUCUCUGAUUACCUUACAUUGGACGAGUCAUGUUUGAUGCAAAACCGGCUGGAUAAUAGCAAUUUUAUCUCGUCCGUCAGCAAUCCUUCGCUUCUUUGUUUACUAAUUUCCUUUGUUCUUGUUGUUGAUUUGUUUGGAGAUCAUGUAUAUUUUUCAAGUCCACAUAGCCAAUCAUGUGAUGUUAGGAACAAGGCCCUCCCUGUCUUCAUUCUAGAUAGAGGGAGGUGUGACUGGGGAAAUUUGCCGAUAUCGUCAGUAUCCAUAAUCAGAGACGUGCUGUUUGAAGGACUCAUCUCUGAAAUAAAAUUCUCAUUUUUAACGUGACAAAAUUAAACAGCCCUAAAAGCACGUUGUUUUUUUGUUUUUCCUUUUUCUCUUUUUCGCGCGUAUACCUUUUGAACACCCAUUCAAGAAAGUACCCUCCUCCCCUAAACUCAGUCAGAGGAAGUCAAGUCAGUCAGCCGUAGCAAGGUAGCAUACUUAAUUUCACUUUCAGUUUUCCCGGAAGUUCCUUGAUUAGUGAACGCCAUAGCAGUACAGGUUCAGAGAUUUGAUGACAUCGCACUUUACUUUCGGUACUUCUCUAAUCAUCUGACCACGACUCGAUUACAGACGGCAGGACGGCCGACGGAAAGUUGUUUUAAAAACGUAAGUACGACAAUUUGAAGCGAAAAUUUACUCUGAAUUAUAUUUCUGAUCAAUUGUUUACAUGUCCAUUCCAACGAGAUCAAGCGGUAUUAUGAAUUUAGCAGUUUCAGUACAGUCUGAUUGAGAUUACCUUAGGGGGUGCUUCAGUUAUUGACCGUUUUGAGCUAGUACUUCUUUUCUUUUGAACUAUGCCAACAAGUAAGAACACUUGUUCAAGAAAGUACCUUCUAUUCCUCAGACUCGGAGGAAGCCAAGUCAGCCAGCCGAAACAAUGCCAUAUUUAAUAGCUUCACUUUCAAUUCCGCUUAAAAUUCUUUGAUAAGUCAACGCUAUUUGGCAAGUUUGAUCGCACAUUCCAAUUUACUUUGUGCACCCGUCGAACGCCUCUAAAAGAUAGCAGGACGGAAGAGUUUUGUAAAAUAGUAAGUCCGCCUAUUUGAAGCGAAAUUUUAGUUAUGUCUGUGGAGUAAAUUUACUGCAAAUUUUUGCACUUGGCGGUUCCACCCAGUAUUUCAGAUCAAAUGUUUAGAUGGUAUGAUCACAUCGCAGAUUACUUUUCGGCACUUCGGUCUAAUAUCGACUAACACAUCAGAGUGCAGGACAAAAAAAUGUAAACACCUAAGUACGAUGAUUUGAGAUGAAAAUUUACUCGAUCAAUUUAGAUCCCAUAAAGUUCGCAAUUUCAGGCGCCGGACUGCCGCUUUUUGAUUGAGAAACCCGUGGAUCAAGUUUCAAUCUAUGAUUUACCGUUUUCUUUAUGGGGCUGUGACACUAAAUUGCCUUUGUAUCAAUUGAAUUCCAAAAAUAAUAGCUCAGUUUUAUUUUUGAAAACUAUAUUUAGGCAUAAUUGAGACUGUUUCUUGUUAUCUGUUGAUGCAGAUAGUGUGGUAAAAAUUGGGCCAACUCAUAUGAGUAAAGGCACUAAAUGCUUAAGCACAUAUAGUUGACCUAAAAUAGCAAUAUCUUCGUGAAGUAGCCCCUUCUAAUAAUAAUAAUAAUAAUAAUAACAAAUCCAUAUUUCAACACGGUAAAACUCAUCAGGAAUUACAUAGUCGAGGCUGUAAAAAAGUUUUUAAGUAACGGGCUGAUAAUGUAUACAGCGGCUUUGGAACUCACAACAAAGGCAAAAGCUCUUGAGGGCCAAGGCAUCUAGGGACAUUUUGAAAUUAAAAGUCUCGGAAAUGGCGUUUCCAGGGGUUUUCAAGAUGUAUUUUCCACUUCGGACGCCAUGUUGUUUCGUCAGAAUGAUGCCGUCGAAAUGUCCCGGGCGAUCCACGACAUCGCACGUUUCGAGCGUUUCACGGAUCUAAACCUGUUUAAAUAUGCGUUCAAUGUGAUUUAGAACUGGGAAACGGAUGCUUUAUAAUUUUAUUCGAUUUUGCUUAUUUUUUGUUAGCAAUAGGUAGAAGGAGAUGAAAGUAGCUUGCGGUUUUGGCCGGCUACCGGCCCUUAGUGACAGCCCUGCAUAUUUAAAAUCCAGAGGCAAGCAGUAAAAAGAGUUACAAUUAUAUUUACACAAGUGAAACACACAUUCUUAUAAGAGAUUAAAAUAAAAUGACUGAAUAACUUCCCUUUCAAGAGUGCCGUGCAUUGAAAGUAAUAGGCGCUAUUUAAAGUAACGUUUACAGCCAGCUUGCCGUAACUCUAUUGAAGACUCUUCCAGAGCACCGCCUCAUCAUAGCUGAAGCGCCUCUUUCGGAAUUCACUACCAGGGAACGGAACGGAAAGUUUGCACUCUUUGUCUCUUUAUGAAUAGGUUGAUACGCUGCAACGGUCUACAAAUUUAGAACAGAGAUAAUCUGGGGCAAGACCGUUAAGUGAUUAAUAGGCCAUAUCUUUUUGAACCUCUCGUUGGCAAUCCAGGUUUUUGAAGCCAAGAAGCUCAAAACGAUGAUCACUACUUGUAUCAUAAUUCGAAAAAGGUAAAGCCCGUGCCGCCCGAUUUUGUAGUUUUUGUAAUUUGGCACCAAGGAUAUUACCACAAAUACCCCAAACCACACUGCAGGAUACUGAGAAGGGCGAAAGGUCGCAUACGUUUUAGGGUUCCAACACCAGAGGCAAUUUUAGUUGAUAACUUUUCAAAAUGUUCAUUCCAAAACAGAUUUUUGUCAAUUAGCAGUCCAAGAGAUUUCGUACAAUCUCUUGUUUUAUUGCAGCACCAUUAAUUGAUAAAGAUGAGGCAGUCGCGAGAAUCUUUAACCUUUGCCUAGAAUACAUCAACAUAAUUAACUUUGUCUAGGAUGUAUUCAGAGUCAGCUCGUUAGCAAUGAACCAAUCACUGAUAAUAUAUAGAUUUAGCCAGGGCUAAAAGCGGUGCAGUGCCUGUGGUGCGGACGGACGGACGGUCGAUCGCUCACUCGGUGUAGGUAGAGUUACUUACCUAUGGUGCUCCGGUGGCGCGCGCUUCGCGCCCGCCAGAGCUCCGCUAUUAAUGUAAUCUUGAUUUAGAUAAAAGUUAAUAUAAUCGAAUCAGAAAGCAAAGUUUAGAUAAGUGUCACCUGCAUACACACGACGCUGACAAUAGGCGAAUCUUUGCUGACAUCAUUGCUUACUUUUUUCCUCAUUAGCAUAUGACUUAACUCAUAGAAGCCGAGGCCGUAUAUAUGAACUAAAUGCAAAAACUGAAAGAGCUGAUUAAGUUGAGCAAUUGUGCAAUUUUCAGCUCUUUGCAAGCAAUAUUGAAGGAAAUAUCAGCCAUCAAAAACUGCGAAAUGGGCCAAUUUUGCCUCCACUACUCAACCGGUACACACAAGGCAACAAUGUUCAUAUAUGGGCGCGUGGGCCAGCCAAGCCACCGUGCCGUUUAUUUAACAUAUAUGCAGAUAUGUACAAAUAUCAAGUAUUACCUAUAAACGAAAGAACAGAAGCACCAAAGCCGGACACGAAAACCCCCCCAAAAAACCAGCAGGUGGAAAAAACACGGGGAACGUGUAUCCCCGACCAAGGCAGUGGUGCAACCCUUGGGGUUUUAGGGUAUGCUAGUGCCUAAACUAUAAUAAACAUCAAUAAAGACACAAAUAAAAUAAAAUAAAAAAGAGAGAGAAAAGCAACCUAACACGGUGAAGGCUGACCGUAGCUAUAGAAUGCCUCACCUUCAUAACGACCACGAAUUACAAACUCGAAUCCCAUGACUCACUGCGCACUAACACCCUCCCCAGACCUCUGAUACGUGCCGGCAAAAUAGUAAUUUAUGAUAAUACGGUGUAAUCACAAAUUACAUUUUGCACGAUGAUAUCAUUUAAUACUACGACCAGAAUCCUUCAGGGUUUGCUUUCUUGUGCAAAUUACGGCUUUUGUCAUUUAAAUCUCGCUGGGAUUACCAAACUGAAAUAUGAAAAGAAAAACGAAAAGGAUUCUGGUCGUAGUAGUAAAAUGACGCCAUCGUGCAAAUGGCCCAUUGCUGGGUGGCAAAAAAGUUAAUGAGCCAUACGUUCUCUGUAAAAUUUCGAGUUUUUAGAAGAGAAUUUCUCCGAAACCAUUCGAUGUAUUGGACUGAGAUAACUGAUACUGUUAUGCCCUUUCAAUAUUCAGAGUUUUUUUUUAAUUAGCGUCAUCAGAUAGUGAUAAGUAUAUGUAAAUGAGGCAAAAAGUGUAAACAAAGAUUCGCCCAUAGGAAAGACAGGGAGGUCGUUGGUAUAUAAAAAAGAACCAGCAGAGGCCCCGGGAUUGGUACCUGAGGACUACCGCCGGACAGCAAACAGUUGUCAGACAAAUGACCAUUCACGAAGAAUCUUUGAUUGCGAUCACUCAGAUAGGACUUGAGCCAAACAUUGGUCAUAUAAUUUUGAUAAAAGGAUGUCAUGGUUUACCGUAUCAAAUGCCUUUUAACUCAACCAUUUAAACUUUAGUAUGUUGUCAAUAAAUUGAACCCAGGCUUCUUCCAGGUGUUCCUUGUGACUUCUGGGGAGGGGAAAGGUAAAACUAGCAAGAUGUGGACGUCUUUUAUGUAUGGCUCACAUCGAUGUGAUGUGUCUAUUUAUCUUCUAGUUCGCCGUGUGAAUUUCGAAAGAACACUAGAUAAGAGAGUCAACUAUUGUAGCUCCAAGGACAUUAGUUCGUCCUAAACAAGCACACUCGCUACAUCUUUAUAUAUCCAUAUAAAGCGGAACAAGCACACUAUACAUGUAGUAUACCUCGUUCUUUAAUUCAUAAAUCUCAAAUUAGCCAGUCAAAAAACACUGUUUAAGUUCACAGUCAACGACUUUGGGACUGCGGUCUGGGGUAGCGGUACAUUAAACUCUGGAUUUACGCACUCUCCUGGCGAGACAGGUGCAAGGAGAGACGACUGUUUUCUCAGAUUAAUCUUUUAGCGAAAGUGCGCCGUGUAAAUUUUGGAUUUUAGAGAACUGGAACAUUUUUGAUCCCAGCUUUUUUGCAAGAGAAGCUUUUGGCGCUAAAUUGGUCUUGGGAAAAUAUUUAUGAUAAAUAACUACACUCAGCUCACAUAAUUAUGUCAGAUUAUUACGUGACAAAGGGAGCGUAUAAAAUAUUGAUGAAACAAAAUUAAUAAUAACAAAAUAAAAAGAAACUCUAAGAGUAAUGAGCACCUUUCAUCCAAACAGUUUCCUGGAGUAUUUGGGACCUCAAGUCUAAAUGAAGUUUGCUCUUAAAAUCAGUAGCAACAUUUUACUCUCAGGAGAAAAUAGUUUAUGAGAAGGACUCACUCUCUACCCUAGAUGCCAGAGAUGUUCUCGCUAGAUAGCGGCAAGAAGCGUUAACAGUACGCUUUUCUUGAUUUCCCUAACAGUGACUCACUUAAUACUUUGGAAAAUCCAUGACUGAAUUUUUGUCCUGUCUCAAAAGUGACCAUAACAAAAUUCUUUAGAACCAAAGGAUGUUUUUGUAACAGGAAGAUGUCCAUUAUAAUGAUAAAGGAGUACUUUGAGAGUACAAGAGAACCUCACUUUGUGGACACCCACUCAUGAUGGUCAUUUUUUCCCCCAGAAAAAACUUCAAACGUUUCCACUUACAUUGACCUGCUUUUUUCAAAGACCAAAUAAAAAUGCUGAUUGUAUUACAAGGUUGCCUUGACUUUUCAGACACAAUUGUGUUAUUGAAUAGUUCACUGUACACCUCCUAGUAAGAGACAGAGAGUCACGGCCAUGACUAUUGUUUUGAGAUCCUGUUUUUAAAAUUGGGACACCAGAUCGACUGUUUAAAUGUAGGUACUUUGUUACCAGUGACAGUACACACUCUACAGUACUUAGUGAAAAUAUACAGUAAAUAAACCGGGUCAGGCAAUAAAAAUAACAUAUGACACAAUAUGUAGAUAACAAAAUUGAAACAUAGCCGCCCAAUAAUAUAUAGAUUUAGCCAGGGCUAAAAGCAACGCUCUCAUCACUAUACUUAUAAUUUACCCACACAAAAAUAAAAUUGUGCAAUUCUAAAAGACGAAAGCAUUAAGAGCGACAAAAAACAACAACAAAAAUAGGUCUAUUUAGCCCCGACAGAAACCGAUAUGUACUUGGAAACUUUAGAGUAACGUAGCUUAAGGUGACUCGACCCAGUUUUUUGGAGGGGUACCAUCCUACUUUGAAGCUCUCUGGUAUCCCCACCUUUACUUUUAUCGUAAGGCUAACACAUAGAAUGGGUAACAUAUAGAUCAAUCUACAAUAUAACAUAAAAUUUUUGGCGAUCGGAGUAAAAGUCACGUGGUUAUAAUGCCACGCCCCUUUGAGGUCUAAGUCGAAAAUCUGCUGUUGCCGUCAUUUUUUCGUGAAAAUCUCUCGGCUACACAUAGUGCGCAUUAGUGCCUUGCUCUGAACAGAGUUUUACCAAAAUCGCAAAGACCCAAUUCGAGAAAUUCAGCGGUUUCCAAAUUUAAGUCAUAAUUUAUCCGAAAAUGAUAAGCAAACUUUUCACGAUUAUAUCUAAUAAACUAUGAGACUUAUCCCUUUAUUUUGGGCAUCGUUAUAACAGAUGGGUCCUUGCAAGUCAGCAAAAAGCUUUAGGGUCAUGUAAAUGCGCGCGAUUUCGAGCAAAGCGAACAUCUAGAAAUUAUAGUUUUCGCUAUUUGUUAACGUUUGUCAGCGUUUAAGAGUCCUUCUCAUGAAAAAAGCAUUUUCUUAAAAAUUCGUGGUUUUUUUCAGGGCCACAAUUGAUUAACUAACUACCCGGACUCUGAAUUUCAUGUUCAUUGAAAAACUUUGAGAUUAUCUUCUAUAAGCCCAAACUUGAGUAAACAUUGAAGGUUUUUUGCGUUUUGUCUGAGUUUGUGCUUUGGGAGUUGUCUAUUGUUUCUAGUCUGUCAUUAUACAGCAUUCUUGUUCAGCACGCGUGCAAUGACCGCGCUUGGCUGACUUCCGAAUGCUCACCGAGAUAUGAUAAUUUUGGUACAGUGAGACAGGCCAUCGCGUGAUACAUAGAGGUUUAACUCACAAUUUUUAAUCAAUUCUCGUGCUUCUUGUGCCUUUGCAAAAAAAUCAAGAAGUGCCCCACACUAAAUCUACUUGCUAUUAAAAAAAUAUCAUUUUUUCAUAAGUUUAAUGCAAGCCAAUAAUUAAACCAACUCGUGACGGGAAUCCCUUCUAUUUUCUCAUACUAAAUUAUCAUAUCUCGGUGAGCAUUCGGAAGUCGGCCAAGCGUGGUCAUUGCACGCGUGCUGAACAAGAAUGCUGUAUAGUGACAGACUAGAAACAAUAGACAACUCCCAAAGCACAAACGCAGCCAAACAAGAAUGUUGACACAGCUGUAGAUGGGUUGCACAAAGGAGCAUAUUGCUUGUUCAGGUCAGGACGAAUGAGAUAUAAUAGUUGUCCUGUUUCCUAAUGUCCUUCGGUAAAAUGUUCCAGAUUCUAGGGGCGGCUACUUGAAAGUCCUGUCUCCAAGUGUCUUCUUUGACCGUGCACUAUAAUCCUCGAGUAACAUCUCCCCCUCCGAUCUAAGAUUAUAUCUGGUGGUGCUCUUAACUUUUAUUAGAUGCUUAAGGUAUUCGGGUGCGUUACCAUAGAUACACUUAUGAGCAAGCAUUGCUAUCUUAAAAUUUACCCUAUACGUUACUGGAAGCCAAUGUAAAUUAACAAGUGUAAGAGUAAUGUGAUCAUACUUUGCAACGUUACUGACAAGGCGAGCCGCCGCAUUUUGUAAACGCUGUAAUUUACUUAGCUGGGUGGAUGGAACACCAACCAAGAGGCUAUUACAAUAAUCUAUACGUGACAUUAUAACUACUUGAACUAUUGACUUCCUGUCAUCAUAAAUCAAAUACCUGCCAAUUACCGUAGUUUUCGUAAUUUUCGCUGUCUCGUCAAGGGUCUCCCUUGACCUCAUUUGCAUUUUCUCAUAACUUUAAUUUUUGUCAAGGGCCCUGAAAAAUUUAGAGAUUUUAGUUAAUUUCGGAAUUUUCGUAGCACUCGUGCAAAAUUUUGUUUUUUUAGUACAUUUCGUCACUGAGUUCCAUCAUGGACAUAUCUCCACGCAGACAUUCUUAGGGCUUUAAUCACUACGAGGGUAGUAUCGACAUCUUCCUUUUUUAAGAACGAUGAUUUUUUCCGUCAGUGUGACUCAGGGAGGAAAUAAAAUCCGAUUAUUCCUAAUAGCAGUCGAAUCUACUACUUUCUGGUUACUCGUCCAGAUAUUCCACCAUAAUUGUUUCUUUUUUGUCCGUUUGUGUUUUUUGUUAAUUGAUCACGAGCAUAGUUUGGAAAUAAAAUCGGGGCUUUCAAUCAAAGUCACAUUUUAGUGCCUUUCUACAUUUAGAAAACGACAGUGAUAAAUUUACACCUUGGACCAUUCCUUCGGGUGUAUUCUCAACUUAUAUCCUCUUCAUUUCGCUACACACUGUUUUGAAUGGUAGAUUACGUGCAUAAAGCCCCAUUUCUUAAAUUAGUCCCGGUAAUUAUCAGGCGCAUAACGUGGUUUUAUGUCUGCAACGUUACGGUGCGACUACUACACUGUAACCGGGGCCACUUAGACAAAGUUGACCAAUCGGAUUACAGGAAAACUACACUACAUUCCAAGAAAAUUGGUUGUCAGCUAAUCAGCAGCUCGUCAAAAAAUCAGUAAGUUACUCGAAGCACAAUAUUAAAUAUUGAUAGCAAAUCUUUGUAAGGCAAGCAAAAUGUUUCAGCAGACAAUGUUUUUCUAUCCGAAACUUUACAUAUAACAACCAGAAGACAUAAGCCACAAGCUGUGAUUUCAUCAUCUACCAGCAAUUUCUUCGCUACCAUUGCCACACUUUACAAUACCACAAACUCAAGUCAAAAAUUUAACUAACGUUUACGAUUUUUGCCUCUGUCAUGAAUUCACUGAAAACGGAUCUCUCAAGAAACACGGGUUUUCUUCAGCGGUUCAAAAGGUCACGUCUGUAGGUUGUAAUUGGUUGAUUUUGAUCCAUGUUGCUUAUUUCGAUUAUAAUUGACACCUUUCUCUCUUUCUCUCUUACUUUCCUGUAAUCCUAUUGGUCAACUUUGUCUAGGUGGCCCCGGUUAUGGACGCACUGGAAGUUCAAUAUAAAAGUUCUUGUAGUUUUUAGACUAAAACGACAAAACUGGCCGCUCCAGUUGCAAAGUGGACUAGGUUGUGAGGUAGAACCCACGCUAUAAAUGGCCUGUACUGUUCUCUUAUUUACAUUUUAAAGCGUAGCUUCGAGGGGGGGUAAGUAGGUAGGACCUUUAAUUGCUCAGGCUUCUCUCUUUUGUUUGUGAUUGAUGCAUUGACCUUCUUCAAUGCGAGGAAACGCGACGAGGUGGAACGAAAUUGUUGCAAUUGGAAAGCAGCUCGCUCGCGUGAGCCUAGGACUAGGCUGUGCUUUAACACAAUAAAUAAAUAAAUAAAUAAAUAAAAAAGAAAGUGGCACAAUACCUCGGUCAGUUUUUCCCCCUCAACCUCUGACAGGAAUUGCUAAGUAAAGUAGAUACCUUAUUUUUCUUUCGUACAAUUUCUCUAGAUCCCAAUCAAAGAUGGAGUACAGUUUGGAACAACUUAACUUUUUUAGAGCAUGUCACAUCUCCUUCAACUUAGUUCCCCAAGGGCUUCGAAAAGUCUUCAAGCAAGAGUGGGAUUUUGUUUACAAGACAACCCCGUCUGGGGAAUGGAAAGAUAUUUCACAAAAUGGCCAUGAUUUCUACAGUAAAGAAUCAGGAAAGAGUCGCACAAGGAAUAAGCGACUUUUAGCGACAAUACAAAGCGGAAACACGGCAGAGUGGGAUUGCAGUUGCCUGGUUUUUGCUAUUUUGAACUCGGAUUGCAUUGGCAGUACUCUUAGUCCAGCAGUCAGAAAAGAAGUAGACGAUCUCAGACAAGUUCGAAAUUAUAUCGCUCACUUGAACGAGGCUGAAAUUACUGAUACUGAAUUCCAAAAUUACGUAGCGAGAGUGUUAGCUGCUUUUAAUGCCCUGAAGCUUCCAAUUAAAGAAGUUAAUGAUGUCAAAAACCAGACAGACUUUCCAACAGCUGAAGUGAAAAGCUUGAAAAUGCAGGCUGAUAAACUGAAAGCGGACUUACAAUUGACUCAAGAAACAUUACAGUCAAAGCAGGAAGAAGUAGAAGCACUUACUCAGGAAAUCAAUUCCAAAGUCGAGUCUUUCCGUACUCUGACAUUCAAGCCAUCACAUGAAAUCAUCGAACGAUCACGUGAUGUUACAAGAAUCAUGAAAAAACUGGAAGAGCUUUACAACGAAAGUAAUAGAGCUAUUAGCACCAUUUAUCUAUCAGGAAUUCCAGGCUGCGGAAAAAGCCAAUUAGCUCGACAACUGGGAGAGCACAUUUACAACAGGAAGUUGCAAGAAAACGACAGUCUUACGUUUGUUGCAACCCUAAAUGCAGAAACCCUAGAUUCACUUGCAGACUCCUAUUCCAAUCUCGCUAGACAUUUGGGAAUAACAGAAUACACUCUGACCAGCCUCGAGACUUCUACAAAGGGGAAACCAAAAGAGAAAAUCCAGUAUCUGAAGCGAGUCAUUUAUCCAAAGACGAAGCAUUUCUCCAGCUGGCUGAUAAUUGUAGAUAAUGUUGUUGACCUUUCAUUGGUUUUGAGGGAUCUACCUCCGACCGGUAGUGAGGAAUGGGGCCAUGGUCAGGUGCUAAUAACUACUCAAGAUAGCAGCUCAAUCCCCUUUAAUGCUCCACUUACUUACCAUGAGUCUCUUAGCGAUGGAAUGCAUCCCGAUGACGCAGUGAACCUAUUACGACAGGUAUCUGAUAUUGAGGAUCAGAACCAAACUGAAGAAGUCGCCAAAGUUCUUGAGUAUCAGCCACUUGCUUUAGCAGCCGCUGCCUAUUAUGUAAAAACCAUUGUGGUCACCGGUUCUCCGAACUACCUCUGGAAAGACUACUUGGAUGCACUUUCCCACGGCAAACGUAAAGUGACAGAAGAACUUCUUGCCAAAGAGAACAUAGCGUAUUCCAAAACAACAACUACUGCCAUUCAAAUGGCAAUUAUGAGAGCUUUAGAAGGUGAUGAAGUUCUUCGAGAAGUAUUGUAUUUGUUUUCUCUUUGCGCAUCUGAGUCUCUUCCGAUGGAAGUUGCUGUUGACUUCGUUAAAUCACGUAUCACGGGACAAUCAGAAGAAUUGAUCAAAACUAAACUUUUUAAAGCUUCCUUAUUGUCUUGUCUGCUAGACAAAGACGGCGCAGAUCCUUUUUUAAGGAUGCACAACAUCUCUCAUGAAGUGCUCAAGUCAGUUAUAACAUCUAAAAUUGAUUCAACAGAUAGAAUUCAAUGCAUUUCUAUUGUUAUUAAGAUCUUUAACCGUUUAAUGGCAAAAAAAAACAGGGAUCUGUUACAUUCAAGUGGACAAGUGUUUGCGAAAUUACGUUUAAUUGCGAGUCACUGUAAAGAACUUCGUGUAAUUAUUAAUACCGAUUUUACUAAAUCAAAAAUGUUUCUGGAAUCAAUCACCCCUAGAGAGUUAGUUUUGUGGCUUUCCUCAAGCGCUGAUGUUUGCUGUAGCCUUAGUAAUCUGUCGGAUGCGGAUCUUUUUAAUUCCUCAAUCCGUAAUUUUAUGCAUUUUCUUAACGAUUCCGAAGAAGACAAAUCAUUAAGAGCGGACACCUACAGCAUACAAGGAAAUGUUUACCGUGACCUUUGCCAAUACUCUGAAGCUGAAAAUCACCACAAGAAGGCCCUCGUCAUUAGAAAAGAGAUUUACGAUGAAUACCAUCGUGAUGUAGCAGCAAGCUACAAUAACCUGGGAAUGGUUUACAGGAAACGUGACCAGUACAGUGAAGCUAAAGAAAACCAUGAAAAGGCUCUCGUCAUUAGAAAAAAGAUUUACGGUGAACGCCAUUGUGAGGUAGCAACAAGCUACAGCAACCUGGGAACUAUCUACUGUGACCUUGGCCAGUACAGUGAGGCUAAAGAAUACGGUGAGAAGGCUCUGAACAUUAGAAUAGAGAGUUACGGUGAACACCAUUGUGACGUAGCAGAAAGCUACAGUAACCUGGGAAAUGUUUACCUUGGCCUUCACUCCUACCCUAAAGCUAAAGAAAACUAUGAGAAGGCUCUCAACAUUAGAAGAGAGAUUUACGGUGAACACCAUAGUGAUGUAGCAGCAAGCUACAAUAACCUGGGAAUUGCUUACGAGAAACGUCACCAGCAUAGUGAAGCUAUACAAAACCAUAAGAACGCUCUCGUCAUUAGAAAAGAGAUUUACGGUGAACACCAUUGUGACGUAGCACAAAGCUACAAUAACCUGGGAAAUGUUUACGUUGACCUUGGCCAGUACAGUGAAGCUAAAGAAAACUAUGAGAAGGCUCUCAUCAUUAGAAAAAAGAUUUACGGUGAACCCCAUGGUGAGGUAGCAACAUGCUACAAUAAUCUCGGAUGUGUUUACUUAAACCUUAGCCAGUACAGUGAAGCUAAAGAAUACUAUGAGAAGGCUCUGAUCAUGACAAAAGAAAUUUACGGUGAUCAACAUCCUUGGAUUGAGUUAGUUUUGGGCAACUUAAAGGAUGUUGAACAGAAAAUAAGAAAAAGAAAACUCGAACAGUAAACGUUGCAUUAUUAUCUAAGAAAAACAGGAAGAAGUAGAAAGUUUAUUUCCGUUGUUAUUUCAGUGAUAUAUGAAUGGGAACUCAUUGAAUAAUGUGAGGAAGCUCGGCACACUCUUUUCUGUUUUUUGACUUUUUUUUUUCCUAAGAGCUUUUUGUAAGAAAUUUUAGCCUAAAAUUCGCCAAAGUAUUAACAACAUGCUAAGAACAUAGCUGAGCUCUGAAAAGAACAAUUUCACUGCUUUUACAUUCCUAAAUCCAAAAAAAACUGAAUUACAUAAUGUCCUACAUGGAAUCAGAGUGCAUGUAAAAUUUUGUUCUUUCAACACAUUCCUAUUGUGUGUGGUCAGUAAUACAUUUACAUUGUACUUGUACAAUACAUUAAUAUGAAAACCGCUAUAAUCAUUAUCUUUAGCGAUGUACUGAAUGUUACAAAGAGCUUCUUGUUAUCAGAUCUAUAUGUUGCUUAAAAUUUAUUAGAUUUCGAAAUUUAAGAGCACCCGUAAGAACAUUUCCAGGCUGAAGCUACCCAGAAAAUAAGAACGGUCCAGGCUCAACUCGAAAAAUGGACGUUCUUAAAAAAAAGGAAGAGUGUAAUCGAGUUGUUGGACUUCGGUGAGCAGUUUGGAAACAUUAACUUCGCGAUUAUUUUAACUUUAUAUUAUAACUCUUGGCAUACGUUUUUGUACUGUGCUCUAACAAAUCACGUGAAAUUUGGAAAGACAUCCAUAAGAUGCUAAAACCUAGUCCCAAGCCUUAACGCUUUGAUCCUGACGAACUAACCGUGCAUUUCUUGUCGACCGCAUAGGGAACUCUCGAUGUAACUGCAACAUCCUACGUCGAGCUGGGUGAUUUGAUUGUCAGAGUCUCCCUGAAGAUUCAACUGACCGUGCCCGCUUCCGUAGUCUAUCUUUGGUUACUCGGGAGGAGGUACUCAAGACCCUUAAGACCCUGUGAUCUGAUUCUUCUAGGGGUCCUGACCAAAUCCCGAUUAAAUUUGUCAAACUAGUGGCUGAGUAUCUGGCAGAACCUCUGACUAUAAUUAUAUGGUGG